AUGGCAUGCUCUUGGCUCCCACCCUUCCCGAGAUUCGUCUUUACGGUCUUCGAGCCCAUCAGCCUAGUCGCUGGCUGCGUCCCCGGGAUCGUGGCCCCUGACUGGUUCAUCGGGCAGCAGAUGGCACAGCGUAUGCCCGCACCGUCCUCGGAAAACUCCCAGUUGGUCGCCCAGCAGCUGGGCAACGCAUUCGGCCUACUCGCCAUGGCCGCCGUUGCAGUCCUCUACACCACCAGCGAGCCCAAGGUCGUCAGGAACUACCUGAUCGCGCUCUGGAUAGCCGACGUUGGUCAUGUUUACCUAACCUGCCGCGGGCUCGGUAGUGACAGGCUCAUGGAUGUUGCUUCGUGGAACGGCAUGACCUGGGGCAAUGUGUUUGUGACAGUCUUUCUAUGCUUGACCAGAACGGCAUACUUGCUAGGCUGGUUUGGGCCAGACAAGCCAGUGCUGAGCGGCGGCAUUGCUGUCACUGAAGCCAAAGCCAUGAAGAGCAUAUAG